UUAUCUUCUCCAGCCCUCUGCUUCCUAUGAGGAUGCUGCAGCCUCUUGUGUGCCUUGUCAUCUUCGCAUAUGCUCCUGUCUUGUGCAGAUGCUGACCCCACCCCCGGAAGACGGAGGCAUCGACUCUCCUGACAAUGCGACCCUGACUGCGAUUACGACCGACGUACAAUGCGACUGGACCGCCGCCCUGCCACAAACUCCUCAUAUUCGCUUCUUCCGCAACACCGACUGGUCGCGCACUCGCCUCGGCCCUCUUGACAGCUGGAGCCCAACGCUGCGGCUCUUUGCGAGUUAUGUGCUCACAGACUCGCGCGCCGCAUGUCUCUGGUGGGGAGACAUUUCCCACAUGACAGCCAUCUACAAUGAAACAUAUGCCCCUCUUGCCGCCGGUGUGCACCCUGCCCUCAUGGGAUCCCUCUUUCAGGAUGGCUAUCCAGAGCUGUGGCCCUCCGUCAGCGCCUAUUUUAAACAGGCAAGGAGCACCGGCAUUGGUGUCGACUAUAGUUCGGCUCUUUCGACCUUCGUUGAGCGCAAGGGCUACCGCGAGGAAGCUUUCUUUUCCGGUGACUUUACCCCCGUAGGCAUGCCUGGCGCAGUAGAAGGCUACAUCAAUCAUGUUUACGAAGUAACCACGGAGAAACUCACCGAGCGCCGCACAAAAUGCUUGAACAAGCUCGCCUCGGUCCCUCCACGGUCUAUCGACACUGUCUGCUCGCACAUCCUUAACACGUUGGAGACGAAUACGCACGAUGUGCCCAUGGUUAUGUUGUACAGAAUGAAUGAAACAGCAGGCUCCAAUUCGCUAAGGCUGUAUGGUCAUAUAGGCCUCCCCGAGGGCCAUCCUCUUCUGGUGAACACGGCUACAAUCGACAGUGAAGAAGGACUCAUACCAGACAUGCGACGAGCUGGCACAGACCAAACCAUUAUCGAUUACGACGACCGCUUCUCAUCUGUCGACUGGAAAGGCUGGGGCGCGCCAUCCGAGAAGAUCGUCAUCAUGCCCAUCAUGUGCGGUGGGCGUCUCUUUGGCUACCUCAUCUUUGGCACGAACCCUUAUCGUCCACACGACGAAAUGUGCCAGCAGUUGAUUCGAGACCUCAACCGCAUGGUGUCGAGUCUCAUGACUGCUGCAGUAGACUAUGAGUCUAACAAGAAGCACCAGGUCCAGCUUGAAGCGGACCUCGCUUUCAGCGAUUUUAAACUACGCCAUCUCAUCGAUCAUGCGUCCGUGGGCAUGUGCCAUGUUUCCUUGGAUGGAUAUAUACUUUGGGCAAACGAUUAUUACUACGAAUUAGCUGGACAAUCGUCGAUCAAUCACUCAGAUAGUCUCGCCCUCUUCUUCGAUGCAUAUCAUGAAGACGACCGCGCAAAAUCAGAAGAGAUUUGGGAGUGUCUGCUCAAGGGCGAUGACCAAGUCACCGUCGACCUCCGUUUGAAACGACUGUAUACGCCUCCAACAGGCGAUCCAGAACCAGCACAGCUUCAAGUCCUUGCAUUCCCAUACCGCAACGAGCAUGGCAGCGUGGUGAGCGUCAUGGCUUGUACUACCGACAUUAGCCGAUUAUGCUGGGCAAAGUCCUUCCAGGCUCGACAGGCUGCUGAAGCUAGAGAAGCGAAAAGACAGCAGGAAGCCUUCAUUGAUGUGGUCUCUCACGAAAUGCGGAACCCACUCAGUGCCAUUGUGCACUGUGCUGAUGCCAUCACAACCGCGCUUGAAGAGUGCCGCGCACAGAUCCCUGAUAUCCCCAAACCCUACCUAGAUAUUCUCAACGACAACAUGCACAGCGCCAACACAAUCAUGCAAUGUGCACACCACCAGAAGCGGAUCAUUGACGACGUGCUUACACUGAGCAAACUCGACUCCAUGCUCUUAUCGAUUACCCCAGUUCCUGUUAAACCUAUGAAACUCGUCGACUCCAUUGUCAACAUCUUCCAAGCUGAGCUGAAGACAAACAAUAUUACUUACAGCAUAACACCAGAUCCUUCUCUCUCAGAACUCGGCAUUGAUCAUCUAUGUUUCGAUCCAUCUCGGGUGACGCAGAUCUUCAUUAAUUUGCUUACAAAUGCCAUCAAGUUCGUCAAACCGUCAAAAAAACCAUCCAUCUCAAUUCGCUAUGCUGCAAGCCGAUCAGACCCACGUACCCUCUUUCCCUACGAUAUGUUCUGGGCAACUGACGGCGAAACACCUGCCGAUGUGACUAGCAACCCAGACUGGGGUGAUGGUGAGGAGAUAUAUAUGGGCUUCAGCGUAACAGACUCUGGUAUCGGGCUGCAGGAGAAGGACAUCGACAAAAUUUUUGAACGCUUCAGGCAGGCAAACGUGAAGACGCACGUGAAUUAUGGAGGCAGUGGUUUAGGUCUCUUCAUAUCAAAAGAGCUUACCGAAAAGCAGGGAGGCGAAAUCGGGGUUGCCUCUGUCUUGGGCGAGGGCUCGACAUUCGGAUUCUAUGUCAAGACACGAAGAGUAGAACCCCAGCCUAAGAUACUCAAGGAAAUGUUCCAGCAAGUGGGAAACGCGGAGUUUGCAUCUCGACAAUUACGUGUGUUGCUGGUGGAGGACAACAUCAUCAACCAGCGAGUUCUCGGAAAACAGCUCAAGAAAGCCGGUUGCGAUGUCACCGUAGCGAACCAUGGUCUCGAAGCGCUCGAUUCCUUGGACCGACAGAUGUUUGACAUUGUGUUGAUGGACUUGGAAAUGCCAGUACUCGAUGGCCUCGAAGCGAUGCUCCAAUUCAGGAAGAAAGAACUCCACGAAUGUCGGCCGGUAAGACUGCCCAUCAUUGCAGUAACGGCCAAUGUGCGGAAAGAACAAAUGGAUACAGCCAUGGCUGCCGGGGCAGAUCGUGUCAUGCAGAAACCUUUCAAAGCAGCCGACCUGGUAUUUAUGAUGAAGUCAUUGAUACCGCAGCUCGCACCACUAUCUAUUGAUCCACCAACACCAGGAUUGGGUAGUCGGUCAAGUGCUCUAAUACCUUGAGUAUCAGAGGUUACCUUUGUCAUCUCCGAUGAAACAAAGUACCAUGCCGAUGACGCAGAUGAUUUCGUUAUCUGUCUGACGAUCCAGAUCUUCGAUUUAAGGUUUAAGCCCCCAAACCUUGCGGUGAGAGAUAUCAACGAAACAUAUUUAUUCGCGUA